AUGAGUCAAGAUGGUGAUCUGAAUGAAGAUGAGUUGAGCAAAGAAGAUGAAUUGAAUGAAGAAUAUGAUAAGUUUAGUGAAGAAGAUAUAAAUGAUACAACUGAAGAAGGCAUGAUUUAUAAAUCAACAAAUCCUAUUUUG